CAUUGACAUUUUUCAAAUGUCACAACAAUACGGAUUAGCGGUUCACAUUGAACAAAGUUUUUAAAAAUAUCUUACCUACCUGUUAACCGAUCUUUUAUUCAUUAAAGAUAUUUGAAGCCUUCACCGUAAAAAUGGACGUAGAAACGAUCGUAAGUACGCGGCAGGACAGAGAAAUAUGUAAAACAAUCAUCACACCCGGCGAUUACACUAUCGUUCCAUACGAAGAUUCUCGUUGUAAAAUUACAGUGAGCGAUGUAAAAUGUACAAAUGACGAUGGCCCAUGCACAAUAGAACCAGAAAGCGUUAUAUUCGGUCCUGACUUCGAUGGGACCGUCAUAAUCGGAGACACCGAUUUCUUCCUAGACAAGGACGUUGAACUGAUUUUACAGCAGAUGUGCUGUGGCGAAACUUGUACCGCCAAUAUGAUGUAUAAAGAUAAAAACGGCAAACUUGUUAAAGAUAUAACUUGUCAGAUACACUUGUCAGAGGUCACAGAAGAGCAACUAAUCAGUGAUUGGAGUUGGAAUCGGCUUUACGAGUCAGCUUUACAUCACAAAGAUAAAGGAGUGUCGUUAGUGCGGGCAGGAAGGAUUGCAGACGCGUUCCGGAGAUUUAGCAAAGGGUUGAAGAUGAUUGUCGCUAUAGAACCUUUUGAUGAAAAGGAUAUUGAGGAGGACCAAGUAAAGGAACUGAUUGAUGUUAAGGUAAAGCUCUACAACAAUUUAGCACACUGCCAAUUACAAUUCGAGGAGUUUGAAGCAGCCAAAGAAUUAUGUGUUAAAGCUCUAGACCAUGAUCCACAGAACUUAAAGUCAAGAUACAGGCGAUGUGUCGCUAACACAGGUCUUAAGUUGUAUGAGGAUGCUUGGGCAGAUAUACAGUAUGUAUUAUCGGUGAAUCCUGAUGACAGAGAUGCUCAAGCAAGGGCAGAACACCUUAAUCCGAUUAUUAAUGGAAUUAAAGCAGACUAUAACAGAAUGGUAAGGAGAAUGUUUAAUCUGUAAUGUAUUGUGGCCCAAAGUAUAUGUAUUGUAUUAUUUUAAAAGUUAGUCAUUUUUGAUAAGUUUUAUAGCAUUCAAAUGCUUUAAUGAGAAAUUUUUAAAGAAGAAAAAAUCUAUCGUAGGAUUGAAUUGAUUAGAUUCAGAGAGAUUGAGUUUUUUUAUGUUUUGUACAAUAGUGAGGGUAUUUUGUAAAUAACUUUGUGUAUGGGCCAUUUUAAGUGAUUAUAAUGUUUGUACAAAUGCAAUGUAGAAUCCUUUCUAUGGGGGAGGGCUUUACAAAUAUGGUAAGACCGAUGCAUUUUAGUGUGCAAUUCAUUUAUGUAAUAUUAAAUUAAAUAUUGUUUGUAUUUUUUGUACAAAAAAUGGUAUUAUGUUUUAUCUGUUGUCUAGAUUUUAACUUUAUUUUAUUGAUACUUUAUAUAUUAACUGACUAUUAUUUAUACACAUUAUGUGUUUACAAAUACGUUAUGUUAUUAUGGAGGAAGAAAGAGAGACAUAAAUGAAGAAUAAAUUACUCUAUGACACCCACCAUAGAUUAUAUAAUUAUGUAUUAAUGUCUUCAAAAACAAUCUGGAAAUGAGUUAAUGUUCUUUAUUUACUUAUCAUAUCAUAUUUCUAAUUACUAAUAAUAUAAGUAAAAUAAGUCUGAACUUUUUGACAUUUUAUGUAGGCAACACUGUGUAUAAAAUAAGUGUGGAUGAAAAUGUACGAAAUAAAAGUCGUUCAAU